AUGUUUCGCCAGACAUUAAAGAAUCAAACUAAAUUAAGGUUUACCACUCAAAUCAGACUCUUCCAAUCAACCAAACCUCAUUUCAAGUAUAAUAAACCUGUAAUUCAAUCCAGUUUCAUCUCUCGUGGUGUGCUUAGAAGUGUAGCAGUUGUGAUCGGGAUAGGAGGGUCGGUUUAUACUGUGGAUAAAUAUGUCUAUUCAUCAUUAUUAGCAAGAUCAAUACGAUCCGUCUAUACCUUUCUUUGGGUGGCUUAUGAAUAUAGUAUGAAUACAGGACGAUAUAAUGAUAUUAAUGAAUUACAUGAAAAAUCUGCUGAAAGUUUACUUAAUCUAUUAAUGACUAAUAAAGGAUUAUAUAUAAAAUUAGGUCAAGCAAUUGCAAAUCAAGGAAGUAUCUUCCCUAUAGCUUAUCAAGUUCGAUUUGAAAGAUUAUAUGAUAAUGCUCCAGUUGAAUCAUGGGAGGUUAUAGAUAAAGUACUUAAAGAUACAUAUGGAGAGAAUUAUGAAACUGAAAUCUUUGACUCUAUAGAUCAUACUCCCAUUGCAAGUGCAUCUAUUGCUCAAGUUCAUAAGGGAGUUUUAAAAGAUUCAGGUGAUGCAGUUGCGGUCAAGAUUCAACAUUCUUAUAUUGAUAAACAGAUUGUCAUUGAUCUUCUUGUAUAUCGAUUGAUAGCGAAAGUAUAUGAAAAGGUAUUUGAUUUACCAUUAAGUUUAUUCACUCGAUUUGUAUCAGAUCAAUUAAUCUUUGAAACUGAUUUCGUUCAUGAAUUAGAGAAUGCUGAAAAAUUAAGACUGUUUAUUAACAAUGAUUCAAGUUUAUCUCCUUAUAAUGUUUAUAUACCUCAAAAUUACCGUGAAUUAACUACAAAAUUCGUUUUGGUAAGUGAAUGGAUAGAUGGGUUUUCAUUGAUUGAUAAACAAAAAUUACUUGAUGCUAAAUUCAAUUUAUCAUUAAUUAUGAAACAAUAUUUGACUUUAUUUGGAAGACAAAUUUUCAAAUAUGGUUUCAUUCAUUCUGAUCCUCAUCCCGGGAAUUUAAUCGCAAGAUUUGAUAAUCAUAAUAAACAACAACUAGUAUUAUUAGAUCAUGGAUUAUAUAUCACUUUACCUGAAACUUUCAGAGUUGAAUACUCCAACUUGUGGCGAUACUUAUUUCUGCUUGAUACGAAGGGUAUAGAAGAUAUUGGUCAUAAAUGGGGGAUAGGAGGAACUGAAUUAUUUGCCGCUUUAGUUCAAUUACGUCCUGUAUUAACUAAUACUGACGUUGAAAUUGAAGAUCAUAGAAAUGUUAAUAGUUUAUUUCAAGAUUUUAUUGGAGAUGAGAAGAAAUUCCCGCUUCAAUUAUUAUUUUUAACUCGAACUAUGAGAAUGAUUCAAAAUUUAAAUCAAGGUUAUGGAAGUCCAGUUAAUCGAGUCAACUUACUUACGAAAGCUCUGAUUGAUGCCUUGGCUACUGAAAAAUCAGUAAGACUUUCGGAUUAUCUUGAUUUACUCUUAAUUCGUUUCAAUCUAUUUUUUAGUGAUGUUAUAUUCUAUAUGAUUAGAUUAAGACAAGUCUUGUUGGGUGAUAGAUAUGGAGGAAAGGGUAAAGGGUUUGAAGAUUAUAUUGAAGUAUACAUGCAGAACACCGCGAGAUCAUUGGGUAUAGAGAUGAUACUGUGA